AUGAAAAGAGUUGUAGAUGGAGAGGAGAGUCGGGGAGACAGACGAGGAUGGGGAUGGGGCAGAGAAGAGGCAUCCAGUGAGGGGAGGUCACAGAAUGGGAGAGGAGGAGGAGGAGGAGGUUGCACUGGUAGUGAUGAGUCUAGUACAGUCAGUGUGUGUUCUGCAGCCAGCAGCUCCUGGAUGAAGAGAAGCGGAGGAUGGAGAUGUCUGAGCGGUGAGAAGGAUGCAGCAGCACGCGGAUCCUGGUCACCCAUGUGAAGCGACAUCUGGCCGGCAGCAAUGCCUAUAAUCUCCGGAAGCAGCGAACAAGACUACAGCAACCUCAGCUAUACGUCGAGCAGCACCCUAAACCAGUUCUUCCCCAUCUCUGUCGAUUCCCAGCCAGCGAAGGGGGCGAGGUACCGGAGGGCGCAACAGAUUUACGACCCCGACGAGCUCUACGCAGCCGACCUAAAACGUGAGAUUGUCAUCAACGUUGGAGGCAACAGGUAUCUUCUACCAUGGAGCACGCUGGACGACUUUCCCAUGAGCCGGCUGGGACGGUUGAGGUUCUGCAGCAGCUACGAGGAGAUCAUCCAGGUCUGCGAUGACUUUGAUGAAGACACCAACGAGUUCUUCUUCGAUAGGAACCCCUGCGCCUUCAGCAUGAUCGUCAGCUUCUUGGCAGCUGGAAAAUUGCGCCUUCUGCGGGAAAUGUGCGCCUUAUCCUUUCAGGACGAGCUGGCCUACUGGGGCAUUGAGGAGUCCAACCUGGAGCGCUGCUGCCUGCGGAGACUCUGCCAGAAGCUGGAGGAUCUGGAGGACUUCCGGAAGCAGGAGGAGGCGCAGAGGACCCGUGAGACUAUCUGCGUCCUGGAGGACCCCUCCAGGAUGGGGCAUUGUAUGAACAAGCUGCGGGAUAUGGUGGAGAGACCACAGUCCGGGAUCCCGGGGAAAGUGUUUGCGUGCCUGUCCAUCCUGUUCGUGGCAACCACCGCCAUCAACCUGUGCAUCAGCACCAUGCCGGACCUGCGGGAGGAGGAGGACAGGGGGGAAUGUUCCCAGAAAUGUUACAACAUCUUCAUCAUUGAGACCGUGUGCGUGGCGUGGUUUUCUCUGGAGUUCCUCCUCCGUUUCAUCCAGGCGAAGAGCAAAUGCCGUUUCUUCAGGGGGCCCCUGAACAUCAUCGACGUGUUGGCCAUCUUGCCCUACUACGUUUCGCUCAUUGUGGAGGACGAGCAGAAGUCUGAGGACAAGCCCGGGAGCAACUCGUACCUGGAGAAGAUCAGCCUGGUCCUUCGGGUCCUACGUGCCUUGAGGAUACUCUACGUUAUGCGCCUGGCCAGGCACUCGCUGGGCCUGCAGACGUUGGGCCUCACCGUCCGGAGGUGCACCAGGGAAUUUGGGCUGCUCUUGCUCUUCCUGUGUGUGGCCGUCACCCUUUUUGCCCCGCUGGUCCACUUGGCCGAGAACGAGAUGGGCCGCUGCCAAGAGUUUACCAGCGUGCCAGCGUCCUACUGGUGGGCCAUCAUCUCCAUGACCACUGUGGGCUACGGCGACAUGGUGCCUCGCAGUAUCCCCGGACAGGUGGUGGCCCUCAGCAGCAUCCUUAGUGGGAUCCUGAUUAUGGCCUUUCCCGCCACCUCCAUUUUCCACACCUUCUCCCGCUCCUACGCUGAACUCAAACGGGAACAUGAGAGGCUCCAGAGCCGGCUACUGAGGAUGAAGGACGCCAACCAAUCUGGUGAGAGUGACACCUUCAACGACACGGAUAGCUUGGCGUCCGAGGAGACCUACCAGUACUUCUACAACGGGAAGUGACCCUUACAGGGACAGCACUGGAGUCCUGGGAUGAGAUCCAACCCCUAAACUGGAAUUAUAUGGCCAUAGUGUACUCAAAGAGGAUAAUGCCUCCAAUCUAAGGCUCUCUGAACACUGGUAGGUCAAAGCGCCUCCAUCCUGACCUGGAACAAGCAUGCAGCCAGUGAAGUCGGAAAGUCUGAACUCUGAUCAUGCCUCCUGGUUCCAGGUCAAAGACUUACUGAGUAAUAAAGCCAGGAACAAGAUGAUAGCCAUGAUUGCACCUUUAAGAAUCAAGCCAGCAAUGACAGCACCCCUCUAUUGGUCCCCUUUAAAAGUACAGUCCACCCAAAACCGAUAUGAUAACUCCAAUCACGCCUCUUCUCUCUCUUUAGAUCUCCAGUCAUGAGAUCCUUGAAUCUGAGCUCCUGGCUCCACCCACCUCUGCGACAUAACUAGGGGAAGGGCGUCAGCCUCAUGUCAUUGAAUGCUCUCUUUUUACUGUAUUAAGAAUCAAGGCCGUCUUUAACCACUUAAGACCCGGACCAAAAUGCAGCUAAAGGACCUUGCCCCUUUUUGCGAUU